AUGUCUUCUCCAUACGCUAAGUCGCAUCCUCCAUUCCACCCGACAAAUCUCCAGGGCCAUGAAGAAUCUGUGCAUGACCAUGUCGAAGCCGACAUGGUCUAUCAUCUAUAUUUUGAGGAUAACGACAGCUUUUUUCCCUCCUACCUGGCUAGGACAAGACGACAAACCGUCUCAACGAAGAUCAUCCAAUGA